GAUGCAGAAAUUGGCUAGCCAGUACUUAAAGAAAGAAUGGCCUGGUGUGAAAGCAGAUGAGCGAAAUGAUUUUAGGAGCCUGUAUCCUGUAUGGAAAUCAUUUCUCGAAAGCACAGGGCAAGUGGCUCAGUCCAGACUCAAUAUCUGCGAAAACUAUAAGAAUCUAAUUUCGGAACCCGCCAGGGCAGUGAAGUGCUUUAAAGAACAGCAGCUGAAAAAGUGUGUGGACCAGCUGAUCAGGAUCCAGACCGAACUUCAAGAGACUGUCAAAGAUUUAGCUAAGGGCAAGAAGAAGUACUCUGAAAUGGAGCAGAUGGCCCAUGCUGUCCGUGAAAAGGCUGAUAUUGAGGCCAAGUCUAAACUUAGUCUUUUUCAGUCGAGGAUAAGCUUACAGAAAGCAAGUGUAAAGUUAAAAGCACGCCGGUCUGAGUGUAAUUCUAAAGCUACUCAUGCGAGGAAUGAGUAUCUUCUCACAUUAGCAGCUGCGAACGCACAUCAAGAUCGCUACUAUCAAACAGACUUGGUAAACAUUAUAAAGGCUCUUGAUGGGAAUGUAUAUGAUCACCUUAAGGAUUAUUUAAUGGUAUUCAGCAGGACUGAAUUAGAAAUAUGCCAAUCUGUACAAAGCACAUUCCAGUUUCUUUUGGAGACUUCAAGCCGGGUAGUGCGAGAUUACAAUUUUCAGCUAUUCUUGCAAGAAAACUCUGUGUUUCAUAAGCCACAGUUGUUCCAGUUCCAGCCCUGCGACAGUGACACCAGUUUUAGUGCCGUUCAGCUGGUGGAUAUUGAGCCCUCCCUUGUCAGUGCUCUGAGAAUGACCUUAGUGGAGAGCCGGCAACUGGAAUCUGAGACGGGGACAACCGAAGAGCACAGCUUGAACAAGGAAGCCAGAAAGUGGGCUACUCGCGUAGCACGUGAGCACAAAAACAUCGUCCACAGUCAACGGACUCUGGAGGAGCUGGAAUGCCAUGGGCCGGUGGCGACCGAACAGAGCCGAGCAGAGCUAGAGCAGAAGAUCGAUGAAACCAGGGAGAACAUUCGCAAAGCUGAGAUCAUAAAAUUGAAAGCAGAAGCUCGCCUUGACCUCCUGAAGCAAAUUGGAGUUUCGGUGGAUACGUGGCUGAAAAGUGCAAUGAAUCAAGUGAUGGAAGAACUGGAGAACGAGCGGUGGGCCAGUCUCCCAGCCCUUGCCAACAACGGCUCUUCACACUUGCUAAAUGUUGACCUAGAAAGGGAAGAAGGAGAAGAAGUGGAAGAUGGUAUGGAUGCUUUUGAUGACAGCAACUCCAGUCCUUCUGGCACACUCCGAAAUUACCCGUUGACCUGCAAAGUUGUUUAUUCAUACAAGGCUUCGCAGCCGGAUGAAUUAACUAUCGAGGAACACGAGGUUUUGGAAGUGAUAGAAGAUGGAGAUAUGGAAGACUGGGUAAAGGCCCGAAAUAAGUCAGGCCAUGUUGGCUACGUCCCGGAGAAAUAUUUGCAGUUCCCGACCUCAAACAGCCUCUUGAGCAUGUUGCAGUCCCUGGCAGCGUUAGACAGCCGGUCGCAUACUUCCAGCAAUUCAGCCGAAGCCGAGCUAGUCUCGGGAAGCCUUAAUGGAGACUCCAGUGUCUGUUUUGUAAAAGCACUUUACGAUUACGAGGGCCAGACCGAUGACGAGCUCUCCUUUCCGGAGGGAGCGAUAAUCCGCAUCCUGCCGCAACCGAACGACUGCCUUUCAAAGUCUUCUUCAGGCCGUGCCGUUGCCUUUCCUGUGCUAUCCAGACGCGAAGGGCUGUCUUUAUUUUGUUGGGAAGAGAAUCUCCCCGUUUCCCCGCAGGUCUUUCCGUCUCCAAAGCCCCAAAACUCUCUGGCGCCACUGCCCCUGUACGACCAGCCCCCGACCAGUCCUUUCCCAAGUCCUGACAAAAGAGGAGCCCAAGGCUUCCCGCGGUCUCCAUCGGCCAACGUUUCAGAAAACAACCUCACUUCAAAUUCCCCUGGAUUUUCCCAGCCACCACGACUUCUUCCUGAAAGCACUUCAUAUGGCAAACUGAGACCUGUGCGGGCUGCUCCACCACCACCCACCCAACAUCGUAGGCCCCCCGAGAAGAUCGAAGACGUGGAAAUCACCUUGGUGUGACCGAAGGGAGGAGCCACCUCACAGCGCUAGAGUCCAGGCCAAAUGCUGGCGGUGCUUCGUUCACCGCCCUCGUAAGGCACGUUUGUUUGACGGAGGAGACUCUUUAAAAGAUCGAGGAGAAACAGGAAGGUCUUCCAGGAACACUGAUGUGUUGGUAGAUUCUUCUUCCCGUGGUCAUGGAUAUUUUGUGCCUUUUUUAUUUGUGGUUGUUCGGUUUCACUUUAUAGAUCCACCCUCGUAGCACAAAGCAAGCAGCCAUGCCUUUUCAGCUGAACGUCAGCUAAUUUCCUUUUUAGGGGUGCACCAGAGCACCUUCCUCCCUGCUACAUGUGGCCAGUCUACAAAUUACAGCCAUACGAUGACAACAUUAGUUGGGGUAAGUGGCCUCACCCCAACAGGGUCUGAUUCAUCCUUCUACCUGGUGACUUCCAGAUGUGGCAGGACCUUGAUCCUCAUCACUGCCGCUCAGCACGCCCACCGGCCUUGUGAGCUGGGGCUGCAGUCGCAACAUCUGGAAGCUGCCACGUUUAGACCGGCGACUUUCCUUCCUCAGCCCGGUGAACAUUUCUUUGGCACUUGAGGAGGAAAGAUCGGGGUUACCGUUUGCAGCAUUCACAGCGGAUCACGAGAGGAGGGCUUUUCUGCAUAGGGAGUGUAAUCUGUAGACCUGCUCCAAAUCAUGGCAUAUAUAUACCAUGUGCAUUAGUGCAGAAUAUUACUGUUGUCAUAGGAAUGUAUUAAAAUCUUUUUUUCAACCUUUUCAAGUAGCAUCACCUAUAUGGUCAGAACAUACGGAACAGAAAAGGCAGCACACGAGUGUCAGUUUAAGAAGAGGCUGGCCCCUCUUUUUUUUUGCCUCCCCUUUUCUCUCCUCCCCACACCUUGAGGUGGAAAAAAAAAGUUCUACAAAAGCACGGCAGAUCUUAAGGGAGUUAAACAAGGGCCUUGUCCCUCUUCCAGAAUGGACAGUGAAACCUGAGCAUUGUGUUCCUUUUGUACUGAUAUUUACGCAGUGGAUUAUCUACUACAUAAGUGCUGAAUUCGUAGCAACCUGUUUUCUUAGGAGAAAAUUGAAUAAGCAGCAUUUUCAUUGUAGAGCUGGAAAUAGCCAUUCAUUUCCUUUUGAAAUUGCCUUCCUUUCUUCACUAUAGUUUUUUCUUUUACUUUUUAUAACCUACCUACCUACC